AUGGGAAUACAGUUACCACCCCUCGAGUGUAAGUGUAACCGUCACGUGUUUAUCUCACAGUUCACUGACGGAUAUUUACACAACGAAGACGUGUGGGCCCUUUAUAAGGCAAGCGAAGCGCUACCUGAUAAUAUUAAGGAACCGGGAAUGAGUCUUUCCUAUCUACUUCUACCAUUACUGUCAUCAUUUACGUCCAGCAUUGGUUUCACCUCAUUACUACUAAACUGGAAGUCAACAAUAAUAUACCAGUUGACAGAAUUGCUAAUAGCAUUACUUCUAUCCAUCGAUUAUAUUCCAAUAGCUGUAUUUAUUCUACAAUUGGCAAUUGUUGUAAAGGUUGUCGCAAGGGAAAUGGGAUACGAUAUCGUCAUUCGAUUAUGUGACUAG